CGACGGUAUGUACUCGUACUCAUAAUCGUACCGUAUCGUAAAAUGUUGCCGUUGGUUUUUGUCGUACGAGUAUUACUUGGUACGAGUAGGGUACCGUAUCCUCGUUCUUGCACUGCUUUGUGUGUUGCGCAUGCUCGCGCCAACAAGAUGUGGACACGAACAGUCACUAUUACACUUCCAAAAGUAUCUAGACACUUUUUGUUUUCGAUACCGUAUCUCGCUGCCGCGACAGAAGACCGAAGCGCGAGAGCGUUGCGGUACCGUUGCGGAUCAGACACCGAACGGUCGUCCAGAAAAGAAAAAGAAAGAAGAACCGCAUCCAUUACCGGGAAGGAAGGGUUCCGUUCCGGUCCCGAGAGAAGAACCAACAGAUCCCACCGGCGAGAACAGAACAGAGCAGAGCAGAACAGAACAAGGAUCACCCAGGGCGUUUCGCGUUCCCGAAGACUGUCCACUAUGGGCCAGUCCGCAUCCACCGGCGGGGGAGCGGAGGGACCGCCGGACCUUUCGUCGACGAUUGUGAUUGCGGAGACGGACGAGGAAGACGACGAACGCAGCGGCAGCGAUAGGGAUGCCUUUUUCUCGGAUGCGAAAGCCGGCGGGGGUGUGGAAGGCAUCGGCGGCAAGAACGCCGACGAAACCGACAGCGGCAGCACGUGGAGCAGCAGCAGCGACAGCGACAGCAGCAGCACACACAGUGGUUCCUCUUCCUCCUCCUCCUCUUCGUCAUCAUCGUCGUCGUCGUCGUCGUCGUCACAGACCUCCUGCUCGUCCUCCCAGUGUUCCUUCGAUUCCGGAGACUGUGCACGGCAACACGAUGCAGCAGCAACAGCAGCAGCAGCAACAAGAACAAUCCAACCGGUGGACCACGCAGCCACCGCGGAUCGAACCAACGCUCGCGAAACCAGGAACUUUGGCACAACCAAACGUCUCUCUCCGGUGUCUCCCCCGCGCAUGCUCCUGAGCCUCUCGACCCCCACGCAAUGGACGGCGGCCUUUCGGACCUUUUCGGACGUGGAGCUGGUGGACCUGCUGGUAGGCGACGAAAACGAAAACGACGGCCGGGAAGACCUGUCGUCCCUCUGCGACGAGAUCCGGAGCACGGCCCUGCGGAUCCGGGAGUUUCGGAGCCUCGAGCGGGAGGUCCUCUCGAGGGACGGGAGGGACCCGAUCGCACCGGGGAUCUGCUUCUACAAGCCGUCCUCCGGGAGCGAACGCCACCGGGCGCAGGCGCGGAACGAACAAGAGCUCGAGCCAGGCCCAGACCAAGACCAGCCACACGGCGCCGAGCUCGUCGGGCUCUGCGAGCGAAUCCUGGAGGCAUCCUCGCGGUCGCCCACCGGAAGCAGCGGCGGAAGCACGAACGAAACGACCGGCAGCGCGAGAGCACCGCUGGCCACCCUUUCGGGGGUCCGCCGCAGGAUGGUCCCCGGUCGGUUGAAGGAACACGUCUUCUGGGAGGCCCUCUGGGUGCUCCUGUACGAGCGGCACCGGGCCCGCCGCCGGGGGGAGUUCUGGAACCGGCUGGAGGCCCUCGCCAACGACGCCGCCACCGCCCGGGACACGGAGGAACGGGGAGGGCCGUGGACGCAGAUCGGGCACGAGCGGGAGCGCCGGCGGCUCGUGGCGAGGCUCGGGGCCGCCUGGGACUGCGUGUCCUUCCUCACGGUCGAGCACGCCGCGAUGCGGGACGAGCGGGACACCGCGGAGGCCCUCGCGCGGGCCCUGUGGGCCGGGGGCAGGGAUGGCGGGGGGGAUCGCCCGGAGCCCAAGGGGCUCGCGGCACCGGCACGGGGGCACACCGGCACCUGGGAGAGGAGCAGGGACUCGCUCGAGUUCCUGGCCUUUCCGGCGGACGCCAAGGAGGCCCUGCGGAAGGAAAAGCAAAAGCGCCUCUCCAGGGUCCGCGACGAAAUGAGAUUCAUCCUGGACAGCGACGCCCCCGAAGAUUCGCACGGGGAAUGGACCUGCUGCCGACAGACCGACUACCACGGGGAGUGCACGGCCUAGUACCAGUAGCAGCAGUAGCUUGCAGCGAUAGCGAUUGCAGCAACGUUGGUAGCACCGCAGUCUGUCCUAGUCUAGUACGUACCCUUGUUUCGUUUGCGAGAGAGAGAUUGAUGCAGCAAGCCCGGUACUCGAAUAAAUUGGGUUUCGCAGUCUGCUACUAUAAAAAUGUACUCCUUGUUUGGACUUCGUUCCCCUCGCAACUUGGCCAUCCCGGGCUCCUCGCGAGCACCCUUUCUUCUUUGGUUGCCCCUGUUUCCACCAGUACGAGUACCAGUGUACCAUCUUAUUCUUCUAGCUCCGCCCGGGUCCUCGGCAGGGUCGAUUUGGACCUUUUUUAUUUUGCCAAUAGUAGAUCCCCAAUCCCCAAGGUACACAGUUUCUUCCACAACCCAUGAUGUGCCCACUCCGAAAAUGGAUAUGGGUCCUCACACUAUGUAAAGAACCAAACACAACAAUCAAGAAGGAUUUUUCGUCUAGUACGUAGUACCAGUACUACUGUUGUUAUUCGUACUAGAAGUACUAACAGUCAGCGCCAAUGAAAAUAUCGUUAUAGCCCAAAAAAUAACCGUGAACUGAUCUUGAACGAAGCACGUGAGUGCGCGAAACAUUAUUAAUAUCUAUCCCCGGGUUCGCAAAAUAUUUGAAGAGCUUAAAAUAUCAGUAAUUCAAUAGCUUCGCAGUUGGACGAACGUUACUCGUCCCCUUGCACUUACCGUUUACCUCAUUUUUUCAUGUCUUGCUCCGAUUCGUAAUCAGCACACGUCUCAUUUGAAAUUUCAUCGCUUUAAUUCACAAAAUUAUCAUUCCAUGAUGUUAAGCAAUAAAAACGAACAAAAGGUCUCCAGAGUUCAGGAUUUGAAUUCUUUUUCACAAUUGUAAGAGAAUACCAAAAACAGCAUUACAAAGUAAAGUAGAAAGGAACGUCGAGCAAGGAAAAAAAAUGAUGUUGUUUCGUACUACUUCUUCCUAUCAAUCGACAACGAGUUUAAUUCACUUUAUAGAACGGAAAUCGACAAUGAUGGAUAUUGUUGAACUUGUUUAAUGUUCCAUAUUAUUUUAAUGCUGAUACAUGUAUUUGUGUAGUUUGUUGUUUCAGUCUCAUUUCGCUGUGGCCAGCGUUUUUGUAUGAAGACAUUCGCUGGAAUAUCCACUGUCCUGACUGUAAUAUAUCUCUUUCGUAGACACCGAAUCUUUCAUGGGCUCACGCCACUGGGGCUGGAGCAACAUUCUGCUGUACACCCACUAGAUAAAAAGUAUUGUCUAGAAACGCAUCGAUGAUCUCGCCAUCCUCCUCUACAUAGGAAGUAUUGGCCGUACCAGGGGAUGUUCUUGCCCACGUUGCAGUUUCUUGAAUCCUUCUACAUUCCGUGUCCUUCCACCAAUAUAUGGCCUUCAACAAAUGUUUGUCCAUAGCGAAGGCUUCGAUGGAAUUGAAUCCAUCCAUUGUCUUGCACACGUGUGACAUAUUGUUGAAUAUUGCCAAGUAGCAUAUUUUGUCGACACCAUGGAUGAAAGAGGAAGCGUUUUCUAAUCCGAGACGGUAUAAUACCCGCGCCGUUAUGAAUACUCUGCUGCACAUCUCAUCGAGAACUCUUUUGUCGCGAUCAUCUUUCGUGUGCUCAUGUCCUUGGUGUUUGAGGUUCUGUCUACUUCCUAGUAAUUCCAUUCCCAACAAAUGAUUACAGAGUGCGGAAUUGAAGAGCAACACAAACGACUUGUCCUUAGUCGACGCAUUAUUCCAUUCGCCUUCGUCUAGUACAAUGGGUAGGCAGUACACUUGUUGAUAGAACUUAUGAUCCGUCUGACAUUGUGCUGGUUGUGCUUGGUUGAGUUCUUGUUGUCCGUAGAAGGGAUUCAUGGGCAAUGUCGAAGUACUAGUCAUUCGCUUGAUUCUCAAGUUGCUAGAGCUUCUUGAGGAGUUGAAAGGAACUGGGACGGUAGAGAUUUCAUCACUGUCUGGGCUUCUGCUGGGUGGAGCGGGUAGUGAUUCCGUGCUGUCAUCUAAUUCGUCCAACGGCAGACUGCUAUGGCAAUCGCAGUCGCAAAAUUGAACUGGGAGAUGUGAUGGAGGCAAAACUCCUGAUUCGCUCUCUGAAUGGUCUUUCAGCCUUUUCAUGGCCAGCUCAAACAAAUUGUUUGCAACCGA